AUGACGAAUACAACUGCCAACAGCGUUAUUGAGUCUCUUCCGGAGGAGAUGUUGUCAGAGAUUCUUAGGCAUGCAGCCUCCAAUUCAGUUUCUGAUUUCGUCAAUCUCAAGCUAAGUUGUAGGGCAUUUUUUGGAGCAUCAAACUAUAAUCAUAUUUUUGAGAAUGUUUCAAUGGAGAAACACCGCAUCUUACCAUUGUAUAAAAGCGAGCAAGUUUUCUUUAAGCUAUGCAAAGAUGCCGGGAAUCCAGAAGCAUUAUAUAAGACAGGAAUGUGCAACUGUUUCAAUCGAAGGCAAACUGACUCAGGGUUGCGUUACUUGAAGAAAGCAGUCGAAAAAGGUCAUGUCGAAGCCAUAUAUUCUUAUGGCAUUAUCUUGAUUUGUUUGGGGGGUGAGCUACAAAAACAAGGGCUUCAAGUUUUGUCUUCUCUCAAUCUCACUGCUUCUAGCAAAAGAAGUUUCAAGAUUGCUAGCUGCCGUUCCAAAACACAGAAGAUCCUGAGCGAUAUGUGGGUCUUUUUCUCUUUGCCUGGGCCCCGAGAAUAUUCUUUCAACGAAGCAAAAGUAGUCGGCCGCAAUUGUGAGCACGACAUUCCGCCAAGAGAACACAAUCCGUGGAUAAUAAGAACCAACAUAGAAAUAGUUGAAAACCUCCCUUGUUGUGACUCCUGCUUUUGGGAUCGUGAAGCAACUUUAUUUUGUACUAUGCUCGAGGAAAAAGGAAUUCCUGAAGACGUUUAGUCGGCCUACUGCAUGUAAUAGCUAAUUCUUCUAUAUCUAUUCUCUUACAUCUUUUAU